AUGAUUGUGGUCCAGAAUGUGGAGACCAGAUCCCCGUCAAGAAUCAGGAGGCAGAAAAAGAUUCUGUGGGGUGUCCUCUUUGGGCUGAUGGUCCUUAUCUAUGGCUCUCAUGCACCACUCAUCACUCUCACCAAGGUGGAUGGUCAAGUCCCUUUCAACCCAUCCUCAUGUGUUCUCAUGAUUGAAUUCUCCAAACUCCUGGUUUCUCUGGCCACUCUUGUUCUAACCGAUGGUACAUCUGCCUUACCUGCUCCUCCACAUCUCAUCCGCAUGGCCCCCUAUGCUGUCCCUGCCCUCCUCUACGCCCUCAACAACAACCUGGUAGUUCUCAUGCAGGCCUAUAUGGACCCAAGCUCAUACCAGGUUCUUUCUAACCUGAAAAUUGCCUCCACCGCCCUGCUGUACUCUUUCUGCCUGGGCAAGAGGCUCCGUCCUUCUCAGUGGUUAGCUUUGGGGCUUCUCAUGUGUGCAGGGGUGUGCCACAGCUACAGCAGCCUGGAUCUAGGGGACCCUAGGAUGUUUGAAGCUGAGGAAGGUCCAAGGCUUCAUAUCACAGCGUGGGGGCUUUUCCUCGUGCUGGUGUACUGCUGUGUUUCAGGGCUGGCAGCAGUUUACACUGAGAGGGUCCUGAAGAGCCAGAAGCUGCCCCUCAGCCUGCAGAAUCUCUUCCUCUAUGUGUUUGGUGUGGCCAUCAAUGGGCUCUCCUCCUUCUCCUUUAUAACAGGGGAAAAGAGCUUUCUGGAGGGAUACUCAGGGGUGGUCUGGGUCAUUAUUGUAGGGCAGGCUGCCAAUGGGCUUCUCAUGUCUGUGGUGCUGAAGCACGGCAACGGGAUCACCAGACUGUUUGUCAUUUCCUGCUCCAUGCUGGUUAAUGCUCUGCUGUCUUGGGCCAUGUUAGGGCUGCAGCUCACGCCUUUCUUCAUCCUACCUGUUUCUAUGAUUGGAAUAGCAGCUUUCCUUUACUACAGAUAGUAACUAACUGAACCACAGGGCUCAUUAAACUCAUGACAGUCUACCUGUUUGCUAGUUUUUCAGAUUUGUUUUCUGCCUUAUAUCUCUCUGCCUUCUGAAAUCCAGAAUCCAACACGUAACAUAUACCAAAUAAGUGAACAUUUAUUUCAGCUGAGCUCUUAUUACACAGUUUGCAUCAUAUUUUAAAAUUCAUCAUUAUGUCACACCGAUGUAAGUCCAUUGAAAUAAUUAUGCAAGUUUGGGGUAUAAUAUCUUCAGUUCAACAUUUCUGAAGAGCGCAGCUAUGUCGAUUUGUACUUUGUUCUCUGGCAAGGACAUUGUCAAAGAUAAUAUCACAGUGUUAUAAAGUGUGUUAAUAAAAUAACAAAUUGUUUCAACAAAUUAAGUAUUUUUUUCAAAUGUAUAUUAAGCACGCAGAUUCAAAGACAUUUCAUUUAUAUAUUUAUUGGAUUUGGGAUGACCGUUCAGCAGUAGGAUCACCUCGCACAGCUAGGGUAUCCUUUAACUCUCCCAGUGCUGGAAAAGAGUAAUAUACUUUGAAUGGUGGUGGGAAGAAACAAGGUGUUGAUACAUUUUAUGAGAGCGAGGUUGGGGUAUUUCUAUCCAUAAUGUAACAGCAGGUAGUCCGACAUACACUGACCUUUACGGAGCUGUUUGUUGUCCACCUGCAGCUCCUGGUUCUGGGCCGACAGGUAGACUGCGUCCUGCACCGCCUCCAGCAGCACACUCCUGUAUCUGUCCUCCGACAUCCUCCUCUGCUCCUCACACACCUGACGAAACACUCUGAACACCUGCAGAGCAGUCAGAAGGUUAACACAGAAACAUGUGUUACUAUGCUGGAUAUUUUUUAUAUAAAUCUUUAAUAAUAGAGGAAUAUCAUUAUUUUAAACUUAAACCACCUGGAUGCCUAAAUCCUAUACAUAUUUGUUUUUCUUUUCGAUAGGGGACAUAGGAGUUGACCAAAAAGUGGAUAAAAAUGUACUGGCAGGAUUACGCUAAUAAAAAUAAAAAGUCUUCA